AAGUGGUGCGUAGACGAGGUAGGAUUAUAUGUGCAAUGCCGUAAUAGGAAGUUGUGAAAAAGCACGCUAAGCCCUAGCGUAACGGUGGCGCGUCGCGCUCUAACCUCCAUUCCAAGUAUCUAGAGACAUCAUAGUCUUCGCAUUGACAAUGUUGAGAGUGGCACAUCGCGGAAAAUGGCUAGACACUCCACUGUCCGCCCGGAGAACCUUUUGUGCGAAGCAGACGGGAGGAGUGCAGGCAGGGAAGGCCACAUCGCACAACUCGCUAGGGUGCCUUCUCAGAAGGGAGCAGACACCGUAGCCAGCAUCAAUGGCAAGCUUAAGCGGCCAUCGAACCCACGCUACCGCAAUCCGGUCCUCGCUCGACAGCGACCUUUAGGCGACAAGCAUCAAGCACGGCCAGAAAUAUACGACUUCGCGGACUCGCUCGAGGAGCGCCUUCCGCUACCGAGGAGGCAGCUAGAAGGGGCUACGAUCUCGCCCACUAAGCCGCAGAAGCGGGCGAUAGCACAGGCUGUCAACGCAAGGAUUCUGUCUGCUGACCAACGGGCGGUCGAUGCGCAGCUAAAUGGCUACUACGAUGCAGCAGAUGCAGGCGAUCAAGGCGCGCUUGACGAGGCUGAAUCGAUCGAGGAAGACCACUACCGGGAUUGCUUCCCGGACCGGACACAUCACACUGCGGAUCACGGCGAUGAGCAGCAAGCACUCGACACGCUUGAGGCGCAGAUCGCUGUUGCUAUCAGUGCAGAGGAGGAUGGCUCGGUGGAAGCUGAGAACGCGCGUGAUGGGCCGAGCACUGCCACAAGGAAAAGAGGCCGGCCAAGGAAAGACACUACAGCGCUACGACCGUCUGAUGCCAACAUUGCGAUUGGCGACUCUUCCUCAAAAGCAGAAACACGAGCCAGCGAACGGCAGCCUGUAGAGUCGCCAGUAACGAGAUCGAAGACCGAAGCGUCUAAGCGGGUAACUCGACAGACGAAGAAGAGGCAGAGCUCGACGCGAGCCACGAGGAUAGCUGAGGAGACCAGGGCGGAUAGGGAGCGAGCAGGGGCGGCGAAGGAACAGAAGAAGAAGCAAGCACAGAAUGUGCGAGUCACGAAAGACCAGGCGGAGUUGGCAGAAAUGAAUCGAGAGGCACCGGAGGGUGUCGAUGCGAGAAACGACGCCUACGCGACAUCAAAUGAUGGAGCGGAUGCUCAUGAAACGCAUCCAGACGAACUGUCUGCAAAGGCUCCAUCCGCGGGAGACGUGCCACGACUAGCACAGGUUCGGGGCAGCCAGCUGUUUCCUGGUGCCUCCGCCAACCCGUUUUCUGACAGCCCGGAGAAGCAGCAGGAAGCGUCGCGCAAGCGCAAGGCUGGGCUUGGAGGCGCGCAACCUUCGGCUAAUUUUUCCCGAAAGAGGCAGAGGGUUCACGAUCGGUUCGAUGCCGGAGAGGUGGAGGAAGAUCAAACUCAGACACAGCACGCAAAUCGCUUGUUUGGGCAGUGGCGGACUUUGCAAAAGGUCUACAGAGCUGUGGACAACAUCGGCAUACACUACACGGACGGCGAACCGACUUCAAGACGCAAAUUCAAAGUCGAGGAUAAUGAGGUGAAAGAGGUGCUCACGGCCUGCGAAGCUGUGCUUGAAACAGUCGCCAGCGGCGAGGAACCUGCGAGAGACCUGACCGAACUCGCUCAGCUUGUGGAUGCUCUGUAUCGGCCAAGCGAUGAGUCAGAGCCAGACUUUGCCAGCAGACUUAGAGCGAAAGAUAUCUAUGCGCACGUCUUUGGCAAGAUGGUUGAAGUCUUGAAGCAGCUUAUUUUGCGCUACAGAGACAUGGAUGAGGACAGCCUAAGCAUUGGCCAUCUGACCAUCGUGGCGCGCUUUGUGAAGGUCAUCAUUGAAUUAGGGACGGGCGCAAAAUUGUACACCCACCGUCCGGAGGGGCUUGCCAUCAUUGCGCCAUGCGAGCGAGGGAUCGUCAUCCCAUUACGAGAUGAAGUCUAUCCCGCCUUCGCACGAGUACUAAGAGACCAUCACCGUGCCGAGAAUCAUCGCUUGCAUCAGCAACGCCACGCCGAAGAACGAGCAUUGGACAUCCAGCGCGAAGUGCAAGAACAGCGCCAAAGAGAUUAUAUCCGCAGAGUCCAAGCACGAUGGAGUCGACUGCACACCGAACGGCGGUGGGCUGAGUGCAAAGGUCCGAUCCCCCCUGAAAAGUUCGAGCGACUGCGAACGCCCAGACUACAGCCGGAGGAAGAUUCAAACGGCGAGUCCUUUGAGCGCCUGCAAGUCUUCAUGCCGCGAGUCGGCCCUCCGCCCGCCUUGGUUGAACAAGCAAAGGCGCUGGUAUGGAGUGAGCAAGAGCUAGGCGCGCUGAGCGAAGGCUUGCGUCGCUUCCGGAACGAUGAAAAGUCUUGCAAGUUCACCAAGAUCAUUAGGGCGCACUGUGGCAGGGAAGGGGUGUUAAAUCGGUAUACUGUUACGGAAAUUGUCACGAUGGCUGCGCAGCUCAGAGACUAUCUGGUUGAAGAGAGGAUGAGGCUGCAGGGUGAGGUGGAUGAGUGGAUCUUGCAGAUUCCGGUCUGGACGAAAGGCCACCCGCUUGGGAAGGAGAAUUUGCAGGUUGGAGAUGACACAUAUGAAGCGCACGAUCAGCAUGUUGACGGUGAAGAUGAUGGGCUGUUUGUCGAGUCAUGAUUGUCACCUGGUUUUCACAAACACCAAGAGGCUUGUGCUGCGCCACGAAUAUAUUACCUACAUGUAAAUUGAACCACAUCCGCCGGACUGAAGGCCGAUCUGAGCUUACGCCACUUAAGUAAAGCUGGGGUAAACCGCCACAGUAUUCGCCAGCGUGUGGAUGGUGUCUCAGUCCUAGAUGCACUUGUCCAACGAUUCUGCUGGCCCCCUAAGGUAUAUUCAUGCUUGAU